AUGGCGGUCCCAGAGGUGCAGAGUCAGGUUUCUUCGAGUGAGAUACUAAUCCAAAAUAAAGAAAACGAAGAAAUUAUUAUAACAGAAGCUGAGUUGAAUAAAGUCUUGAACAGGCAAUUGGAGCAUCACAUUAUAUAUUUUGAAAAUUCGAAAGUACUGUUUAUGCUUUAUCCAAUCGAGACCAUCAAACAAUUCGUUACCUAUGUACGGACGGACGAUCCCGGAUUGUCCUUUAUUAUACACGCUUUCGAUCUGUAUCACCUGAGUUUAAGAUACGGGUUAAAGAAUUUAAGAAAGAAAUGCAGAUCAUUUAUCAUUCGGCAAAUAAAUUUGCGUACCGUCUGUGCAAUUCACGAUUUUGCACUUAAGAUCGGUGAUAUGCUUAUAACUUAUUAUUGCUGGCAAGCUUUCGACGAACACGAAGAAAGCCUAUUUACAACAGACGACUUUAUGUGCUGUAAAAUUGCAACAAUUGAUAGACUGCUAUCUCGAGCGAUAUAUAAAUCUGUCAGUGAAUUGCGUUUACUCGAAGCCGUGUAUUAUUGGAGCAUAGAAGUUCAAAGAAAAUUGGGUGCAUUCAACUUUCAUUCGAUGAAUGAAGAAUCGAAAAGGAAUGCAAUAAGAAAUGUUAUGAAGCCAUUUAUUGGAAAAGUCAGAUUGCUUGCCAUGGAUGAAGACGAAUUGCUAUCUUGUGUUUUUACAAUGAACUUGUUAAGCGAAGUAGAAAGGAGUCAUAUCUGGCAUACUUUUAAGUAUAAUUAUUAUUCCUUGUAUCCCAGUUACUUCAGUCGAGAAACAAAAACAAGAAGCAAAAUAAAUUAUUGUAAUUUGUUCUCGUACAUAAAUCGUGGAGUUCCUUUUAUGGUCGCAAACAGAGAGAUGAAAGAUUACAUAUAUUUUAGCAGCGAAGUAGUUGUGACAGAAAUUGUUACGUCACGACUCUUCGAUUUUCAAUGA